UGCAUGUGUGUGUGGAGAGUUUGUUUGGGGGAUGGGUGUAAGUGCAUGGGUGUAUGUUGAUGCAAAAAAUAUUACAUUUUAAACAGAGUUAAUAGUAUUUUUGGCAAUGACAAAAAAUGUGGGGGAUAGUGGAGUUGUGGGGACAGAAUGAGCGAGAGAGAGAAGGAGAGAGAGAGAGAGAGAGAGAGAGAGAGCGAGAGAGAGAGAGAGAUUUGAACCAUGAUUGCAGAGAGCCAUGGCUCUAGAGAGGGAUAUUGGGGUGAGAGAGAAGAGGGGAGUGUGAUGAAGAGGGAGACAGGGAUUUGCUACAGAGAGGAGAGAAAGAGAGGGGGCAGUGACACUCAGUGACAGAGUGUCAUAUGCACUCACAUGUGCACACACCCUCUCUUUUUUGUCUCUCUCUGUGAACGUGUGUCGGUAAAUCCGUCAGUAUUGUCACUUUUGUGGGGGGAAAUGGUGAGAGGACAUCUAAAUCAAUCAUCCUAUCUAUGACCUACGGACCAAGAAGAAACACACACGGACACAGGAAGGCUGUUUUCUCCACAGAGGACAGUCGCCAGUCAGUCCAUUAUUGGACACCAAGGCUGUCUGAGUGUUGGGAGGCAUCAAGCCUGUUGUUGUGUAUGGACUGCUGCUGCACUAAAACAGAGAGCUACACUUCUGGCAUCAGUUCUGGAUCUCAGGGGAACGUGGAGGGUAGCCCCUCCCAUGGGGGUGCCCAGGGUCCUAACCCUGCUUCUUUGGAGGACCUGAUCUGGCUCGCAGCGCUGCAGCAGCAGUUUGGAGGGGAGGCGGGGGGACCUGCGUCCCUGCUGGGAGGUGGGCCAGAGCGGGGAGACAGAGAAAGAGGGUCGGUCGGCAGCUUCCUGGGCUGUGAGGACGCUGUGGAGGCUCUACUGAACUCAGCUGCAGCAGCUGUUAACUCACAGUUCCCAGUGCUUUCCCAGAGUUCCAGCAGUAACCUGGGGGAUUCGGGUAGUGACAGUGGAGGUGACAUUUCCUGCGCCAAUGGGACGGAUAUGUGUCAUCGUCCACUCCUCUACCUCUCCUCUGGCCCUCAAUUGCUCCCCAACACCAACCCCUCUUCAGCAUCCUACCCACAACCCCAGAGCCCCUCUGACCGACUUCAUCACCAUCAUCCACAUCAUAAUCAUCAUCACCACCCGCACCACCCCAUGCAUGGCCAUCAUCAUCAUCAUCAUCAUCACCUCCAAUGUGGUGGGGUAGAUGAGCGUUUCUCAGACGAACAGCUGGUGAGCCUAUCGGUGCGGGAGCUGAACAGACACCUGCGUGGCGUCAGUAAGGAUGAGGUGGUGCGUCUCAAGCAGAAACGUCGUACGCUAAAGAAUCGAGGCUAUGCCCAGUCCUGUCGCUACAAACGCUUGCAGCACCGCCACGCACUGGAGUCUGAGAAACACGUCCUCACACAACAGUUGGAACAGCUGCAGUGUGAGCUAUCUCGGGUGCUGAGGGAGAGGGACGCCUACAAGGCUCGCUACGAAAAGCUUGUCAGCACAAACGAGGCUCCACCUACCCACGCCAACAACCCCCCCUCACCACCACCUGACUACUUCCUCUGAGGACAUACCCAGAGGAGAGGACAUAAAAAUUAACGGAUGAGAGUGGGAUAAAUGAGCAGGUCAGCCUAAAUAAGGCCAGCACUGGGAAAUCAGUCUUUGGGAGGAAGGGAGGGAGGGUUGGGGGUGUGUGUGCGUGUGUGGAGGUUGUCAGGCAGGUAGUGGGGUUAGAACUAGGCCAUAUAUGACUGUGAAAUCAACCUGCUGAGCUGGCACUUGACUGUUAACUUAGGGUUAGAAUCGAGCCCUAGAUUGCUUCAUAAACCGGACUAAUGAUGAAGACUUCAGUUUUGAUAUCACAGUGACGUUCAUAGUAGCACAAAGACUCAAUGAAACAUCUUCAGGAUGCAUCCUGCACUGGUCAAAUCAGGGCAUGGAAGGUCACAGGUCAUCCUCAAACUGAACAAACUCCAUCGUAGCAUUCAUCAACCUUAACACUAUCAACCUAUCUAUGCACAUUUAUUUCAAGCAGAACAAAUUAAAAGAUGAACUGAUAUCCAAACAAUGGUUGGGUUGAAUCCAGCCCCUGACAUGCACACUGUGAUGGUGUAGGUUGACUGGGCUCAUUGGAAACUCAAAGGUCUGAGUAGUGCUGUGGUAUUGGAUGUGUAGUGGUGUAUGAUCUUCAAGUGUCCAUGGCAUGCAGUUGUACUCGCCAGCAAAUAUUUCACAGUUGCCUACCAAGGUGUUUUUGCUCACCAAGACUUGUUACCCACUAUCACAUUUUUAAGAUGAAUAAUCAUAGAAAAAUAAUGUACAAGGAUCCUUUUUCUGAUGGAAUUCCUGUGGUUGUGCUAAAUGAAAAAUUGACAUAAACACUCAUGUAUAAAGUAGAUACAUAAAAAAAGACAAAUUAAAACAUAUCCAUACUUUGCUUGU